CGUUCCUCUCGCGCGCUCGCGCGUUCUUCGGCCUCCGGAGCGAGUCGCAGCAUCCGUUGGACCGUUCCGGACUUCAGUCCACGUCGAGAACGCGCCACUGUCGGGACCUCGAAGAGUGACAGCCACCCGGAACCUCGCGGCCGACGUCGCGUGUCGGAAGUUCAUCGAUAAAUAUUACCCGAGACGUACCGAUGUAACCUUUCAUCAACAAGAAUCCAAAUAAAAACGAAAGGAAAUUGUCGGAGACAAGCAAUCGACGCGCGAGAUCUUUCGUGUAAGAUCAAUCAUCCGAGCGACCUGAGCGACGCAACACAAUCUCUUCAACGCUAACUUCCUCGGUCGAUCCGCUAUCGGUAUCGAGCAAAAAUAAAUCCAUCGAUUCAUUCGAUUCACGUGUCAGUACCAGCUGGUACAAGGUCAGAUUAUUCGCGAUCAACGCUGGUACCGGCCCUGUUCCAUUGGUACCGCGCGCGCGUCACGGAGGUGCGUCACGUAGAGAAGUCGGCGAAUCUCGCGAGACGUUCGGGGGGCAUUCGGCGAUCUCGUUAAUAAGUUUCCUGCCGGGAAGUUCUCCGUUUCGGGAGAACAGCCGACGUCAGAAACAAGCAACGGAUGCCCGCUGGAUGCCCUAAGGGUUCGCAGGUUAUCCUAAGCCGGGCUAGCCGGUUGCGUUCUGAUGCCGACACGUGCUGAACGCUGAGGGUGCGGAGCACGAGGGAGCAGAGCCACGAGGGCCCGCGGGGAGAGCUGAAGAAGAGAGAUCUCGGGCCGGAAGACUGCCGGGAGUUGUUGCCCAGCCCCGGCGAGGCGGACAUCGGGCCCGGAUGCUCACGAGAACGAGACGCCGGAAGCGCUGCCACGUUGGAAGGGAAAAUAUUGACGGCCGUCAACAAGUUCCUUACAACGUCCCCUUUGGUUAACAAGGUCAAGUUGCUGAUGACGAGACAGAGCAGCGGUGCGGUGGGAAACGGCGAGGGGAAGGAUGCCGGCGAUUGUUCCCCACGAGCGUCGACGCCGACGUCGAUGACGGUGACUACGACGACGCCGAUGACCUCGACGGCAUCGCCGACACCGACUGUUCCUACGGGGUCGACGGACCUGCAACACCGACGACGACGGCAACAGCAGCAGCAGUUGUCUUUGAUGCAGACGGCGGACUCGACGACCGUCGCCUCCUCGUCGUCCACCUGCGACGAGUCCAGCAGACUCUCCGCGAAUGUCCUCUUCUCCCUGCCUACCUCGCCCAAACGCUCGUCGGCAAGCCAUUUCUCGUCCAGCAAGGCGCCCGCUAUAUCGAAGUCGCAGAUGAAGGAAUUCCGAGAGGCCUUCAGGCUGUUUGACAAGGACGGCGACGGGACUAUCACGAAGGAAGAACUCGGCAGGGUGAUGCGUUCCUUGGGACAAUUCGCGAGGGCGGAGGAGUUGAGGACAAUGCUGCAGGAGAUCGACAUCGACGGCGACGGAAAUGUCAGCUUCGAGGAAUUCGUCGAGAUCGUCAGCAACAUCGGCGCGAGCACGGCGGCACCUACGGAUCAGCAUCAGGAGGAGCAGGAAUUGCGGGACGCCUUCCGGGUAUUCGACAAACAUAAUCGUGGAUACAUCACCGCGUCGGAUCUGAGGGCGGUACUGCAAUGCCUGGGCGAAGAUCUGUCCGAGGAGGAAAUCGAGGAUAUGAUUAAGGAAGUGGACGUGGACGGGGACGGCCGGAUUGAUUUCUACGAGUUCGUUCAUGCCCUCGGCGAGCCGGGGAUCGACGAGGACGAAGAGGAUGACGAAGAGGAUCUGCAAUCUCCGCUGUUCUAAGAUCACGUCUAUUCUCUCAUCUCUUUGUUAGAUAAGCCCGAUCCGAUACGGGCAACAAGAUGCGCAAUCGCAUUUCCACGAAGUAUUCUUCUUCUCCUCGCGUUUGCAAUUCGAAUCGCGCGCGAUCGCGCCCGGCAGGCAGGACGAGGCUCGUCCCUUUAAAUUUCGAGGGCUCGCCUGCCUUUCAUUAGCUCUCUCGCUCUUCUCAAGUUUCGAAUCGAUUUCAAUCGCUGGAACGCGAGCGUCCCGCUAAGCGUAUCGCGCGAAUAGAUGAAAGAAAAAAAAAAUCUGCACCGAGCUACACACUACUCCCUUGCGAACGAUCGUGAGUGCAGCACGAAUUUGCAUUCUUGAUGUACCGCUAAACGAACCGAGGAAUCGUCCCGAUCGGAGGAUUCCCGACAAGUCGGUCCUGGAUCGAUGGGCACGUGGAGACUUGAUUGACGGUCACCAGGCCGCCGCUGAGAGAGGAACACGGCGACGUAGCUCGAAAAAUUCUUCGGUCCCCGCGAAUUCGGAGAGACCGAAAAAUCUCGAGUUUGUCACGCGAGAAAGCGAAAUAUCUGAGAUAAUUUUGAAAGCAAAAAAUCGAAGGAACAUUCGGAGUCAACGCGACGCGAACGGGAAUAUACGCGGAAUGGGAGAGAGGCCGGGAGCGUCGUUUCUCCUGGCUCUUAACGAGUUCGCGCGAUAAGCGCCGCGGAUAAUUACGCGGGAACGGUCGGUAAAACCGGGCUCCGUGAAAUUUCGCCGCGCUGGACAUCGAGGGGGAGGCGAUAAGCGUUUCUGGCAGCGCGCCGCGCUAAAACGGCGGAUAAAUCAUCAGCGGUCGGCCAUGGUGACUCUCUCUCACACACACGCAUACACACACACACACACCAGUUUUAUUCUCGGACGGAGGAAGCUCGCGCGAACACGGGUGGACGCGCGAGACGCGCGAUAUAUCUCCCACGCAGAUUCCACGAGCGUUAAGGCGAGCGCGAGAUGUUAAUCUAGUUGAGGUAAAUUAUUCAUUUCGCACUAUUUCCGAUCCUAUCGCUUACACGUGAUAUCAGAGGUGCGCGCGCGCACCCGGCGCGCGUUAUCUCGCCCGAUUGGCUCUAUCUAUUUCCGAGUCUCUCUCUCCGCAACGGGCGGACUUUAAGAUAUGUAAGAUCGACUAGAUCGUAAUGAAUUCCGUCUCGUAAGUAUGUGGACUUUUUCUCGAAUUUACUCUCGUCUCUAACACACUAGAACGUUAUACUCUAUCCAGAAAGGGAGGAGGAGAAGCAAGAGGGGAAAAAGAAGGAGAAGUAAUCUUAAGAAGACGGACAAAGAAACGCACUGCACAUACACACACAUAUACACACACACAUAUGCAUACACAUAUAUACAUACACACACUUCAACGGAUCAUGCCGAUGCGUGCGUCGCGCGACGGCGCGAUCGCCGAGCGGGGAAAACGGGAAUAAAAAGUAGCACGACACCGGAAGAUCGUUCGUCGCUCGCUUCGACGAUCCGCGCUUUUAUUAGACGUACACACACCUAUCGAAUCGACGGGCCCCUCUCGGCACGGUCUCGCCCGAAGUACACUUGGCGAGCGAGUGCGAAGUCCUACGUCGAUCUUCGCUCGCUUUGCUCUCCUCGGGCCUUGUAUUACGUACCUUAAACGACUAUAUCACUGUUACGCCAAUAACAAAAGCCGCACGCUGUUUCAAAUAUUUUAAAGGAUUUAAUAAAUCGCUAAAAAAUACCCCCGUCCUGCUUAAUCCCUUUCUCUGUCUCUCUUUCUUCCUUUCUCUCUCUCUCUCUCUCUACGUCUUCUGAAAUAAUAUCUGCUUUAUCAAGCGGGCCACCCAUCGAGAAGUGCGCGAUAAUUCCCGUAGCAGAGAACACUCGCUAUUCGAUGUCGAACAAGUCAACUUUGGUUUUUUACAGAGGUAUAAAAAAAACCACCACAAGCUCUGGUAUAUUUUUUUUCUUAAACGUUCAUUUUUAUUAGCGAUAAAUAAACUUACAUAUCUUUACAGUAACAAUGUCCCUUUCGUAACUCUCGGAAAAUAUGAUAAUAUCUAUUCGCAAAGAUUCGUAUAGAUCAAGACUUCCUUCUUGCUUUAUCAUUUGGUUGUUAAUUCCAGCUUUUUAUGUGCUCGGCUAACGAACGAACGAACGAACGAACGAACGAACGAACGAACGAACGAACGAAC